UCUCUCUGUGUGUGUGUGUGUGUGUGUGAGAGAGAGAGAGAGAGAGAGAGAGAGAGAGAGAGAGAACCUUCAGGGAGAGGCCAUGUCUCUUAUUUGCAACCAGGAUGAAGGAGCUGCAAUACCCCCACACUUGACCCACCGCUUCCCUGUCUGCUCUCUCUCCACCCCAAACCCCAAUAAUUAUGGGUAUUGCAUUGCACACCCCCCCAAAGCUUGCUGCACCCCGAGGCGCUUUGCACUCACCGGAUUCCUUGCAGGACAAGGACAGUGCACGACGGCAGAGGGGGCGGGUCAGCUGUUCUAAUUAAGCCGCGCCCCCUUUCUCAAUUCAGUAUCGAGCAGCCCCUCCCCCAGCAGCUUCCACUCUCUGGCUUUAACCUUUAAGGCAACGAGCAUCUGUUCCCUAUACUCUAAGCCCAGGUUCCCUCCCUCCUCUCCCCAUUGGCUGGGUACUGCAAUUAUCCCGCCCCCGGAAAUACCUGCCUCCCUGGCGGGGGCUCCCAUUCCUGCCCCCGCUGCCCAGGGUUGCUGCCACCAUAGCCAGGAUUUCGGGUGAGGAAGACGAUGGUCGGAAUUCUACGGAGCCAUCUGUGAAUUCAUUGGGAAGAACAAAGAAGCAGUUUAAAUGCAAGGAAUGUGGAAUGUGCUUUAGUCACUUUGGAAGACUGAGGAUACACCAACAAACUUACACAGGAGAGAAUCCAUUUAAAUACAUGGAGUGUGAAAAGAACUUCAGUGAAAGUGGAGACCUUAGAAUACAUCAACAAAAUCACAAUGGGGAGAAACCGUUUAAAUGCAUUGAAUGUGGAAAGAGCUUCAGUCGUAGUGGAGCCCUUAGAACACAUCAACGAACUCACACGGGGGAGAAACCAUUUCAAUGCACUGAAUGUGGAAAGAGCUUUAGUCGUAGUGGAUCCCUUAGAAUACAUCAACGAACUCACACGGGCGAGAAACCAUUUAAUUGCAUUGAUUGUGAAAAGAGCUUCAGUGAUAGAGGAGCCCUCAGAACACAUCAACGAACUCACACAGGGGAGAAACCCUUUAAAUGUAUUGAAUGUGGAAAGAGCUUGGGUUCCAGUGGAGCCCUUAGAACACAUCAACGAACUCACACAGGGGUGAAACCGUUUGAAUGUAUGGAGUGUGGGAAGAGCUUCAGUAAAGGUGGAAACUUUAGAAGACAUCAACGAACUCACACAGGGGAGAAACCCUUUAAAUGUAUUGAAUGUGGAAAGAGCUUUAGUCGUAGUGGAGACCUUAGAACACAUCAACGAACUCACACGGGGGAGAAACCAUUUAAUUGCAUUGAUUGUGAAAACAGCUUCAGUGAUAGAGGAGCCCUCAGAACACAUCAACGAACUCACACAGGGGAGAAACCCUUUAAAUGUAUUGAAUGUGGAAAGAGCUUUAGUCGUAGUGGAGACCUUAGAACACAUCAACGAACUCACACAGGGGAGAAACCAUUUCAGUGCACUGAAUGUGGAAAGAGCUUGGGUUCCAGUGGAGCCCUUAGAACACAUCAACGAAUUCACACGGGGGAGAAACCAUUUAAUUGCAUUGAUUGUGAAAAGAGCUUCAGUGAUAGAGGAGCCCUCAGAACACAUCAACGAACUCACACGGGGGAGAAACCCUUUAAAUGCAUUGAAUGCGGAAAGAGCUUCAGUCAUAGUGGUGCCCUUAGAAUACAUCAACGAACUCACACGGGGGAGGAACCGUUUAAAUGCAUUGAAUGUGGAAAGAGCUUCAGUUGUAGUGGUCCCCUUAGAAUACAUCAACGAACUCACACGGGGGAGGAACCAAUACAUCAACGAACUCACACGGGGGAGAAACCUUUUAAAUGUAUUGAAUGUGGAAAGUACUUCAGUGAAAGUGGAACACUUAGACUACAUCAACGAACUCACACAGGGGAGAAACCCUUUAAAUGUAUUGAAUGUGGAAAGAACUUCAGACAAAAUGCAGCCCUUAGAAUACAUCAACGAACUCACACAGGAGAGAAGCCAUUUGAAUGUAUUGAAUGUGGAAAGAGCUUCAGACAAAAUGCAGCCCUUAGAAUACAUCAACGAACUCACACAGGAGAGAAACCAUUUGAAUGUAUGGAAUGUGGAAAGAGCUUCAGUUGUAGUGGAAACCUUAGAAGACAUCAACGAACUCACACAGGAGAGAAACCAUUUGAAUGUAUUGAAUGUGGAAAGAGCUUCAGAGAAAAUGCAGCCCUUAGAAGACAUCAACGAACUCACACAGGAGAGAAACCAUUUGAAUGUAUGGAAUGUGGAAAGAGCUUCAGUUGUAGUGGAGACCUCAGAACACAUCAACGAACUCACACGGGGGAGAAACCGUUUAAAUGCAUUGAAUGUGGAAAGAGCUUUAGUCGUAGUGGAGACAUUAGAAUACAUCAACGAACUCACACGGGGGAGAAACCGUUUAAAUGUAUUGAAUGUGGAAAGAGCUUCAGUCAAAGUACAAACCUUAGAAUACAUCAGCAAACUCAUACAGGGCAGAAAACAUUUAAAUGUAUGGAGUGUGGUAAGAGCUUCACACAGUGUGGAGACCUUAAUAUUCAUAAGCGAAUUCACCCAGGUGAAAAGCCAUAUCAAUGUAUGCAAUGUUCCAUUCAAGUUUCACUCUUUACUUCACAUCAAGAAACUCAUAAAGGCGGAAAUCAAUUUUAAAUGCAUGGAAUCCGUUUGAUGUUUUGGUGUUUGUAUUUAAAUUUGUAUACACAUAUAUAUGUAUUAAAGUAAUGAAGGUCACAUAUACUAAAUGUAGACAAGAAGUUGCAAGUUGUUGCUAGAUAAACGGGGAGAGUGUGAAUCUGGAAUGCUCAAGGUGUGUGAUGAAUCUGUUGAGUUUUGACCUCCGCCCUUCAAUGCCAAAAUGAUGGGCUGCCCUUGUCUUGUGGAUCAGCAUCUGUCUGCUUUAGGGAAAUGGGGUACCUCAGAUGUUGGGAAACAACGCCCAUAAGUCUCAGCCCAUAUGGCCAAGAAUGAUGGGAGUUGUAGUUCAAAAACUCAAGGGUGGAAAAUCUCACGUUUCUUAGAACUUUCCUUUAUGAAUAAUUAUAGGUAAAACUUUUGUUGAUACAGAGCUCAUUUUUUAUUCCAGGAGCAGCUGGUCACUUCUGCUUUAUAAACAAAGCCAAAUAUAUUGACACACUUUACAUUAAAACCAAAUUUUAGAACAGAGACAAACUUUUUUUUAAAGCCCUUUUUUUCCCCUUUACAAACCAUUAUCUUCUCAAUCCAAGAUUUGCUUUUCAUAUGUAUAAAAAUACUUGGUUAGCAAGGGGGUACAGAAAUAAUAAAAAAGCUACAAUAAAAGCAUUGUCAGCUAUUUCCCAUCUUCUGCCUUCUGAACUAUGUUCCUCUGCAAACCACUGGUCCAAAUCUAUACAGUCCUCCUGCUCCCGGGAAGAUUCAGAGGGAGGCUCUCACGAAUGCGCCUCAGUGCAGCUCUUCUCAGCUGGGUCCCUGGUUAGGUUUUGGUUUAGGGGAGCAAGCAUGGGCCUGGCCCUUGGGUGGGGGCGAGGGGAGAAGGGAAGAGAAGUAGAGGAGAUGCUUCUUUUUCCUUGCAAGGCUAGUUCCUGUUUCCCCAAGUAUGCGCCUGUAAUCAGCAAGUGUGCAUUUAGCAGGAGUGUAUCCCUUUGUCUUGGAGUGCAAGUUAAUUCAGAAGGCAUUAGAGCGAAGCGCGUGUAUCGCAUAUGUUAAGUUGAUUGCAACCUUUUUUUUAAAAAAAAUUAAUAUUCUUUAUUCAUUAAAAAAUUUGCAUGUCUAUACAAACGCAUCCAUUCUUAAGGAAAUUAGCCCUGAGUGCUCAUUGGAAGGACAGAUCGUGAAGCUGAGGCUGCAAUGCUUUGGCCACCUCAUGAGAAGAGAAGACUUGACUUCCGGGGUCGGCGCCAUCGGUAAUGGUGGAUUCCCUCUAACUUUGAGGGAUUAAGCUUUGCGGAAAUUGGGUCUUGCCGCUACGGCGAAGCGGGGACCCCUCUAAAAAUCACAGGUGGGUGAAGCCUGUGACCGUGGGACUCGGCGGGCACCUUCAGCGCCCCCCCCAAUUUGCAAGGGAACCCGACUACGGGCUUCGGAGCGAAUGGGGUGAGCGGCGCUGUGCUGAGAACCAACUGCUUCUUCCGUGGAGCGAAGCUGCACAGCUGUUGCCGGAGAGCGCUGACUUUUUUCCUGUGACAAUUCGGCCAUCAAAACAACUACCUAAGAAGAAGAGAAGACUCCCUGGAAAAGACUCUGAUGCUGGGAAAGAUGGAGGGCACAAGGAGAAGGGGACGACAGAGGACGAGAUGGUUGGACAGUGUUCUCGAAGCUACAAACAUGAGUUUGAUCAAACUGCGGGAGGCAGUGGAAGACAGGAGUGCCUGGCAUGCUCUGGUCCAUGGGGUCACGAAGAGUCGGACACGACUAAACAACAACAUACAAACAUUAUGUACAAUCUUUUAACAGGUAGAAAAAACAAAAUAAUAGAAAAUAGAAAAUUUAUAAAGAAAGAAAAAAAUAAAGAAUUAAAAAAGAUAAGAAACCAAGAAAUAAUAGUAAGGAAAAAAGACAAAGUUAUUUACAUAGUAAAACUACUCAUCGACACAAUCAUUCCCAUCCUGCUCAUUCUACUGUUUGAUAUAACAUUCUUUU